CAGCAUUCCCCGCGCAUGCGCAGAUUCAGUGCAAUCGACGUCAUGUCCGUGGGAAACGUCGGCUGGUAGUCCACGAAUGUUCAGCGAGAUAUUUAUCAAUUCUUUAUUUAGUAUUUCAUUUUAUAAAUGUAAAGAUGAUUCUCACAGUAAAGCCGCUUCAAGGGAAAGAGUGUAAUGUUCAGGUGACAGAAAAUGAAAAGGUAUCAACAGUAAAAGAGUUGGUAUCAGAGCGUUUAAACAUCCCUCCCAGUCAGCAGAGACUGCUGUAUAAAGGAAAAGCACUUGCAGAUGAACACAGGUUGAGCGAUUACUCCAUCGGGCCGGAGGCCAAACUGAAUCUAGUGGUGCGCCCGGCAGGUGAGAGGAGCGGCGGCGGCGCGGUGGGAACCAGCAGUAGUAGUAAUGAUAAAGCAGGCAGUGGUGUGUGGCAGUUACUCUCAACUGUCCUGGCCAAACAUUUCAGCCCAGCCGACGCAGCAAAAGUCCAGGAGCAACUUAUUAAGGAUUAUGAACGCUCCCUCAGACAGCUAAGUCUGGAUGACAUUGAGCGUAUGGCUAGCCGUCUGCUGCAUCCGGAGACAGAGGGCAUGGAUACCUCAUACAUGGACUAAAACACACUAGACUGAUGGAAACACUCCGGCUCCAACGGACGAGACACGGUCAGGGAGCGGGAUGUGUUUCAUAUGGACUUACAAGAGCUUCUCUGAUCUUCAAGAGGCUUACCGUUGCUUUCCCAUCAGAGGAAACAGUGGUGCUUUUAGUGCAACUUUGUAAAUAUUGUGUGCAAAUUAUUAAGAGACAAUAAAAAGUGUUCUUGAUCAGCUUGA